AUGACUGCUCUCCGGAACCCAAAGGGAACAGUCACUGCAUCGAGAAGGGGGAUGGAGAAAAACAUCUACGACUUCUACUCUAAUCCCUUCGACAGAUAUGUCCACUUGCCUCCUUACCAUCUAAGGGAAGACGGACAAGUCAUUCCAGAGGUUCUCCCGUCCGAAAUACGAUAUGCUAUCAUGUCGGUAAGAAAUCGUACGGAACCCGGUCCCGACAGAAUAAGACCAGAACACCUGAAGAACCCGCCAGUACUCAUCAACAUCCUGGCGAGGCUCUUUACAGGUUAUCUGUCGGAAUGCAAGGUUCCUAAACAGUGGAAGACCAGCAAGACCGUGUUGUUGUAUUAA